AUGUUAAACAGACCACCGAGUUGUGCCGCUAGUGAACAUUCCGUAGAAACUCACAAGAGGACCAUUUUCAAUGCAGAUGGCAAACGUUCUCAUCAUGACACUCGUUAUAAUCAAACCGGCUUUCGAACGCAUUUCUCCACUUCUGAUCACAUGCGUGCUGCACUGAAUCAAAUCAAAUUUGGAUGGAAUAUACAUAUCUGGCCGUCGUUUGAUCGAGAUGCACAUAUAUAUUUUAUGGGUCGGCGCUAUUCCACUAACGAGGAUACUUGCCCAGUCUCAUCUUCUGCUGGGUCCUUUGAUGGGACGCUGGCGGACUUCGCGGAUGAUUUUGCAACGCGUUUGUGGUUCACAUACCGAGAAGACUUUCCUCCACUUGGAAGUGGCGAUCAGAGGUCACCUGAUUUUCAAAGAGCCAGCGUAUCUGUCGGUGCAAAUACAUUGGAUCAAUCUGGGUCCAGUCGUCCCUCAGCUACAGAUGACGUCUUCAUAGACUCCGAUUUGGGCCUGUUAGUGAACGUUCCUCCGGCCUACCAUGAAGACGGUUCGUUAGUACCUGGUAAAGUCUCACCCCAACGCAAAGGAAAGGGUAUACGUCGUUUGGUCCCAAAAGUUUCGGUGGCGUUCCGAAAGAAUAAACCAGCCGGUGUAGUCCAGCGCGAUAACAUGCCUGCUACAGUGAUUCCUUUGUCAAUUCAGACGUCAGAUUCCGGUUGGGGCUGCAUGAUUCGUUCCGGUCAGAUGCUACUAGCUCAGGCACUAAUGAUCCAUUUAUUGGGUCGAGACUGGCGUGCAUUCCGAGGAACCAAUCCGAUUCAAACUCCUGAGGAUCACCUUCAUCGCCAGUUGAUUAGGUGGUUCCACGACUGUUGGAGCCAAGAAUCGCCUUUCUCACUGCACCGACUAGUACAGGCCAGUGGGCAGCUACCUGGUUCCUGGUUCGGCCCAGCCACACUGUGUUCCGCACUUGUCAAAGUCAUGUCUGACGCUUCUCGUCGGUUUGAAGAGCUUGCGCGAUUGCACAUCUACUGGGUCCGAGACCGAGUUAUUUACCGAGAAGAAUUAAUGAAUUUGGCUCGCGGUCAACCCGUACUUCGGAAGCCCGGUCGGCUCAACUAUACAGAUUUCAGUGAAAACUUUCAGCACUGUUGCUCUCAGGAAUGUUCUCAACCAGUAUCAUCCACCUACUUCCAAGAUGGGACACCGAGUAGCCCUUCGACCAAACUCUUCUCGUCCCAUGCUGUGAUAUUGCUUCUUUCCAUCCGACUCGGACUAGAUAAGCGGAUCGACGCACGCUACGUCCCAAUGGUGUGUCGCCUCGUUCGUGAUCCUUGUUUUGUCGGUAUCAUUGGAGGCCGCCCAAGACAUUCCAUUUAUAUUUUGGGCUGUCAGAAUACGCAGUUGAUCCACCUGGAUCCUCACUUCACACAGCCCGUUGUGCGGAACGUUGUUAACUCCGAGGAAUUCAAUGUAAAGACGUGGCACUGUCUGGUGCCUCGGGUGAUUGAGGCAGCCAAAUUGGACCCCAGUUGCGCAGUUGGCUUCUAUUGCCGGUCUCGAGGAGAUCUCAGCGACCUGUUGGAACGUCUACCGCAAACUAUGUCAAUCCGUACGGCAAAAAAUUCGACAAGUCCAGUCAUGGAAAGCCUCAUUGAAAUCAAGGAUGAGGAUGAAUAAUUUGCUAUUUUAUUCCUUCUGCCAUGUCGUCUUUCACCAAUAUUCUGUCGUUCUUUUGCUAGUUGUGAUUAGUGUCUGUUUUUUCUCGACUCGAGACAAGUGAUUCAUCUAAUUAAAGAUAAAAAUAAAACUAAUCGUUC